AUGGCCGAUUUCGAUCUUGAAGACCUUGUCGACGUCGAACAAACUUUCUACAACAGCGGCUAUGAAGAUGGCUUUGCGCACGGACGCAUCCAUGGACUGAUUGAAGGCCGGGCUUUGGGUAAGGAGAAGGGCUUCGAGAUGUGGGAGGAGAUUGCUUUCUACGAGGGAUUUGCAAGGGCUUGGGUCGCAUUCUACGCGCUCACCGGCUGGACAGACGAUCGUGUAAUGCAUCACGCUCGACAGCUCCUCGACAUCACGUCACAUUUCCCUCGCGUAAAUCCGAGCACAAGUCUGACUGGAUCCGACGACGACGGUGUAGAUAUCUCGGCUCUCCAGCGCCAGACGCGGUCACGCUACAAACUUCUCUGCGCCACGCUAGGCAUCCGCCCCAGCUUGCGCGCUGCGGAUGUCGACGAUGAUCGUAUGGAUGACGCAGACGGUGCCAAUAGAGAUAAGAGGAAGAAGAAUGUAUGGAAGGUGGAGGGCCCACCCAUCCCCAAGAGUGAGCAAGGCCUCAGCUUUUAA